AUGCUCUGGGACCAAGGUUCAGAUGACGCUUUGGCGAUGCCGAAACUGGAACCGUUGGACGACGACUUCAGUCUAGACGACGUAAAGGAAACCCCUACCCUUCACGACGAUGCACAUGGUCCAUCCCCGACCCAUCGAAAACCAAAACGACCGAGGGGCCGGCCCCGAAAACACCCACAAACCUCCGCGGUCAAUACAGGAAAGGUCACUAAGGGGCGGUCGAAGACUGGGUGUAUUACGUGCCGGAAGCGGAAAAAGAAGUGUGAUGAGGCAAAGCCUCGAUGCAUGAACUGCGAGAAGAACGCCGUGCUCUGCGAAGGCUACCACGAGAAGAAGCUCUGGAAGAGUGGGAAGGAGAAGGCCAGCGAUGGUACGAAUUAUCAAGGAAACGAAGAUUCUCUGGUCUUCAACAUGCAGCCCUUAUUCCACGGCGUUGUCACCGUGGAGGACAGGAUAUUCUGGAAGCAUUACUGCGUCAGCCUGAGCAACGUACUCACCGUGGAAGGCGAAGCCAGAAACGCCUUCAAAGACAUUAUUCUACCUCUGGCCAACCAGCACCAGGGCGUGAUGCACUCCAUUCUCGCCAUGAGCAGUAAACACAUCGACUACGAUACUCCGUACGGCAUCAAGCUAUUGCGGCAGAACCCAACCACCGGUCGAGAAGCGCUACAAACAAGGUCGCAGUACCACCACAAGCAGGCGCUGGAAUCCUUCCACGCCGACAUUCGACGCUCUGGAGACGAGGAGGAAGUGGAUCAUCGGACCAUCCUUUGUGCUCGAUAUGCCCAGAUUCUCUGCCUGCUCAUCGGCACUCUCAUCGAGGGCAACCCGCAUGGCGAGCACCGCGUCCAUCUCCGUGGCUACCAGAGGCUCAUUCAACAAACCCCACCGGAGGAUCCAACAUUUCUCGCAUUUAUUACCGAGUUCUUCCAGUACCAUAUCUUCGCCGACGAGCUUCUGUGGCAUCCUGGAAUGAACUUCCCACGUCUCAGCGAUCACGACUGGGCCCCGCAUACUGUCAUCGAGUCGCCACGGCUCUUGGGCGUGGGCGACGGGUUGUUUCAGCACCUUACCGACAUCGCAACCAUCAAAGAUACCAUCCGGAGGAAUAUCCACCUUGGCUCGGAAACACGUGUCGAUUACCAUCUUCUCUGGCAGGCACAAGAGAUACAGGAGGCCAUCGAGCAAUGGUCCCCCUCGUGGCCCGCCGGGGAUAGUCGGCACCGAGUGGGACUCGUAUACAAGCACAUGAUGUUCUUGCACCUAUUUCGGGCCAUCUACCCACCAACCACGUCCGGGAAACUACCCUGGAUUCCGUCAAAUCUCAUCACAGCUAACAUGCCUGUUUCCCCUGCGACGUCGCGUCGUGCGUCGCAAUCAUCCCGGCCACUUACCGCUUCGAGCUCCUCUUCAUCACCCAGCCAAGGGCCACCGACUACUGCUUGUGCCGCGCCCAUGGCGUUUCAACAGCAUAGCCCCCCCGGGUCUCGAAAUCCGUCAAGAACCAGCUCAACGCACGAAUCGGAUCAGACCCAGUGCAGCGUAAAUAACUCGACAUCCCUGGAGCAGUCGCCUGCUUCGCCCGCUCCCAUCCGACGUCCCCCUCAUCACGACGCUCGAAUAACGGCCGCGGUAGAAGAGUCUCUAACGCUGAUGGAAGGGUUCAAGCCGUUCGAUCCCGCGCUCACGCUACUCUUGGUCCCUUGCCAGAUCCUGGGAGUUGCUUGUUUCGAACAAGCACAGCAAAGUCGAGUUAUUGCAGUCAUCAGGCAGGUCCGUGGCUAUACCGGGCUCCGCAACUGCGACAGGGUCCUCGAGCUGCUCGAAGAGGUUUGGCGUUUGAUGGAGGAAGGAGACUGGUACUCGGUUUGGGACUGGCAGAGUAUCGCCCUGAAGAUGGGUGCAGACUAUCUUUGCACCUAG